AGAACCUUUGAAGCUGCUUUAUUGGGCAGCUCACCCACGGCCUUUAUCUUGGCUGGAUGUACAGUACUUUAAGGCAGUGGUUCUCAAACGUUUGAAAACAUACUCCUUUCAAGAGAGAACAUUUCCCAAGGACAUAUCUCUGGCUGUCUUCAAGUGAGAGGUUUCAACUGAACAUAUUUAAAGAGUGCAUGUAUAUGUCCCUGCUCAUGCCUGGGUUUGUGGACCAUGAAGCACCAGUCUAUCUCCCGAUGGCUGAGUCAGCUCGGAUUACCACAAUACUGUACUGCGCUGGAGCAAGAAUAUGAUGGUGUUGAGGACCUGUUGAACCUCUCAGAAUGUGAUUUGUUGGAUCUGGGUGUUCACAAUCACCUCCAUCGUCUGCACCUCCUCACCUCCCUAUGCCUCAUCAAGGAGCGAGAAAGGAGGAGAGAGCUGAGGAUGAUGGCAGAGGGGCGUUUUGCCAGCCUACCCAGGUCACUCCAUGCACAUCACACCCUGGGAGGCAUUUCCCACCCUACAGUUCCACCCCCAGCCCUCGGGACCUCCAAUGAAAGUAGCUGCCCCUCAAGGAAGCUGCAAGCCUCCAUUGCCUGCUCCAUGGAUCUCCUCAGCUCCAGGCCAAGUCUCCCUGCAGGGUGUAACGAACUAGAGGUCCCCGCAGCUUCUUACCAGCACAUCUCCAUUCAUGGAACCCUUCCUAGACGCAAGCGAGGCGGCUCCACCCUCAACCCUGCGAACUAUACCUGGGACCACAGAGCCAAUCACACUCAAGUACUUGGUGGAAGCACAACAUUGGCAAUGACACGUGUCCACCAACCUUUGACGUCACCACUGGUCCAAAAUCUUAUUGAUGACUUCCACAGUUACCGGGAGCCUACAGCUAAUCUGGAUGCCACGGUGGACUACGUCAAGUUUUCCCAGGACCAGUUCAUCCUUGACGGUCCGUCAGAGAAGCUUCGCAGAGAGCUGGAGGAGGAACUUAAGAUGAACUGUGAGGAGCCAAGAAGCCAUGCAUGGUACUAUGGAGCCAUACCCCGGCAGGUUGCUGAAAACUUUGUCCAGCGAGAUGGCGAUUUCCUAGUUCGAGAUUUGCUGUCCAGUCCAGGAAGUUAUGUUCUUACCUGUCAAUGGCGGAAUACAGCUCAGCAUUUUAAAAUCAACAGGAAGGUUGUGAUGUUGAACGAAGCCUAUUCCAGAGUGGAGUACCGACUGGAGCGAGAAGGAUUUGAUAGUGUUCCUGCUCUAAUAAGAUAUUACGUUGGGAAUAGAAAACCUGUCUCCCAGGUGGUAGGUGCCAUCAUAUUCCAGCCGAUCAACCGUGCACUGCCUUUACGCUGCUUGGAACAGAAGUACGGACUAUCCAGCAAUCACCGAGAGAUGGGGCUGAGCGAACAGGAACGACGGCGUCAGAAGCGCCUCAGCCUCAACAUUACCAACGGACACUCGCAUGACAACACGCAUAGCACGCAUGACGGCACACACUACCACAAUAACGGCAUGGGCAGAGGAAGCCAGCUCAGAUUGAAGGAUCGCUGUGGCAGCCAACCAGCAAGUCUCAAUCAACUCCAAGAGAGAAGGCGGCCAUUAAAAGCGCAUCAGUCAGAGAGCUUUCUACCACUCGGAUCCAAACCACAGCACCAUCAUCCUUCAGAUCCCCUUCUCCUCAGCCAGAAUGCCAAGUCUCCGGUGUUUCGGACAGGAAGUGAGCCAUUGCUGAGUCCAUCUGUCCCACGGAGGUUGGCAGAGCCACUAGCAGGUCAGCCCAUCAGAGGCUCCGACAGCCAGCUGUGCCCCCAACCUCCACCCAAACCCAGUAAGGUGCCACUGACCAGGUUGCCUCGUUUCCCCUGCCCCCAGACCUCUUCCACCAUCACAGAACCCUUAUCGACCUACUCCAGCUUGUCUUCACCCACUCUGGACCCAACAUGUGUGGACACUCAUGUUUGCCCAUGGCGGGUUGGAGAUCCUCCUAUACUUCCAGCGAAGCCCAGCCAUGCUGACUCAAGCUUCUCCAGUUGCGCAGUUCCACAGAUUCAGUAUCCAGACUCUGAACGCUUGCCACCCAUUCCUGCAGACCUCAGGUCCUGCAGCCCACUGGGAUGGAACGAACCAAAGUCGCCAACCCCAAUCCCAGACAACGCCCAUGAACUCGAGCAGCUGCCGUGCAGCUAUGUUGAGAGAUUGAAGCAAGAAGGGGAGGUUGGGACAGUGGAUGAAGGGGAGAAAUUGGGUGGGCGCAGAGGGCUGGACAGAAGCUCCUACCAUCACGCCAUUGCGGCUUUAGAAAACACAAGUGAGGAAGAAGAGGAGGACACAGGGAGGGAGGAGCAGGAGGAGGAUGAGAACAGGAGCAUUUUCCAGAGGCCGGUGGUAGAAACCGAGUCUGUGUUCCGGCCAACAGAGUUCAACUCUCGACUUCUCCCCGCGGAAAACAAACCGCUGGAGAUGUUGGUUUUGAAGAGAGCCAAGGAGCUGCUGCUGAGCCACAACCACCACAGCAUUGCCAGACACCUGCUGAUGGCCGACUGCCAGGUUGCAAGGAUACUUGGAGUGUCUCCUGAAUUGAAAGGUCAGAUGGGUGUUGCUUCUGGUCUGGAGCUGGUCACCCUGCCACACGGUCGACAACUGAGGCUGGACCUGAUGGAACGACACCACACCAUGGCAAUAGGUGUGGCUGUGGACAUUCUGGGAUGUACGGGCACUCUGGAGGAGCGGGCAUCGACUUUGAAUCGCAUCAUCCUGGUUGCACUGGAGCUGAAGGACACAGUCGGCGACCUGUUUGCUUUCACAGCCCUGAUGAAAGCUCUAGAACUGCCGCAGAUCAGUCGUUUGGAGAACACGUGGACCACUCUGCGAAGGAAGUACACGCAGACUGCUAUCAGCUAUGAGAAGACACUUAAACCUUUCUACAAGAAUCUCUAUGAGGGAACAGCCUCCUCUCCUCUGAUGGUCUGCGUCCCGCUUUUGUUGCCCCUCCUCACUUUGAUGGAGCGUCCAUCCAUCACACCGGAGGGGGCGGAGCUUUGGGAGACCAGUGACCAGGGCUGUGACAUCAUGCUACGUCACCUGGAGGCUGCUCGGGCCGUUGCACAUAAUGCACAAAGCUACACAGACAAUGCACAGAAGAUCAUGCAUGGUUUCCAAUGUGAUGAAGAUCUGCUGGAGGUAUUUAAGACGGACUUUCAGCUACGGCUGCUUUGGGGGAGUCGUGGCGCUUCAGUCAAUCAAUCAGAUCGCUACAGCAAAUUCAGUCUCAUCCUCACGGCGUUGUCAAGGAAGCUGGAACCCCUCACCAAAACGCAGACAUUAAUUUGACAUGGCAACACCAUACGGACUGUUUGAAUGGUUUUAUUUCAGCCAUACAACCUAAAACUAAAAAUAGAAAUAUCAGCACAAGAUGAGGGAAGAUGUAUUCAUCAGCAUUGGACGUUUCAGUGUGUUCUCUGUUUGACUAUAGUAUGCUCAACCGCUCUGUUUUGCCGCCACAUCUUAAAAGAAAGCUUACCUGAAGCAAGAGCAAAGUUUCCUUCCUUCCUGAAGGGCUAUGCUCACUUUUCACAAUGGAUGUAAUAUUACAACUUAUUUCAUCAUAAAUUUACGGGAAAAAAGUUGUAACACUACAAGAAAAAAAAAGUAUGACUUAUUUUGUUGUAAAUUUACGGGAAAAAAAUUGUAACAUUACAAGACGAAUGUAUGACUUAUUUUCUCAAAAGUUUACGGGAAAAAAGUUGUAACAACAGGAAAAAAGUGACUUAUUUUCUCGUACAUUUAUGAGAAAAAAGUUGUAACAUUACAAGAAAAAGGUCUGACUUAUUUUCUCGUAAAUUUAUGUGAAAAAAGGUGUAAUAUUACAAGAACAAAAGUUGUAAUAUUAUAAAUACAAAGUCGUACAUUUACGAGAAAAAAAGUCAUACAUUUAUGAGAAAAAAAGUCAAAAAUAUAUGAGAAUAAAGUAAGAAAUAAACAAGAUAAAAUAAACAAGAAAAAGGUCUGACUUAUUUUCUUGUAAAUUUACAGGAAGAAAGUUGUAACAUUAAAAGAAAAAAGUAUGACUAUUUUCUCGUAAAUUUACAGGAAAAAAGUUGUCACACUACAAGAAAAAAUUGACUUAUUUUCUCAUAAAUUUACGGGGAAAAAGUUUUAACAAUACAAGAAAAAAGGACAACUUAUUUUCUCGUAAAUUUAUGUGAAAAAGGGUGUAAUAUUACAAGAACAAAAGUUGUAAUAUUAUAAAUACAAAGUCGUACAUUUACGAGAAAAAAAGUCAUACAUUUAUGAGAAAAAAAGUCAAAAAUAUAUGAGAAUAAAGUCAUAAAUGUAUGAGGAAAAAAGUGUUAAUGUUACAAGAAUAAAUAAGUAUUUUGUGUCAUACGUGUCAGAGGGAAAACAGAGCAUAGCCCUUCACGAAGAAUUUAGAAUAAAAUAAUUUAUUUAAAAUUGUUUAUUCUCGUACAUUUCCGACUUUAUUCUCAAAACCUCCAAUGUUUUUUUCAAUGUGGUCCUAAUACUCUGU